AUGCUGGCCGCCUCCAUCCUCCGUCGGAGCCUGCUGCUCUGCUGGCUCGCUGCCCCCCGGGGCGCCGGGCCAGAGCCACUGUUCCACAGCAGGGACCGCUCGGACCUGGAGCCGCCCCCGCUGCGCCGGGCCCAGCCCAUCGCGGACGUCCUCGCCGCGCAGCGCUUCCUGUCCAAGUACGGCUGGGCCGACGCGCCCCCCGGGCCCGGCUCCCGGACCCCCGGCCCCGCCGCGCCGCCCGCGGGCCCCCGGGCCGCCGCCCUGGCCGAGGCCAUGCGCAGGUUCCAGAAGGUCAACGCGCUGCCUGCGAGCGGGCGGCUGGACGCGGCCACGCUGGCGGCCAUGAACAGGCCGCGCUGCGGCGUCCCCGACACGCGGCCGCCGGCGUCCCCUCCGCCCCGGGUGCGGCCCAAGCGCUUCGCGCGGCCGCUACGGCCACGGAGCCCGCGGCCCGAGGACGCCGCGCCCCGCGGGGACACCCGGGCCUUCGCCAAGAGGACGCUGACGUGGCGGCUGCUGGGGGAGGGCGCCAGCGGCCAGCUGUCCGUGGACGAGCAGCGGCACAUCCUCAGACUGGCCUUCAGGAUGUGGAGCGAGGUGACACCGCUGGACUUCCGGGAGGACCUCGCCGCCCCCGGGGCCGCGGUGGACAUAAAACUGGGGUUCGGACGAGGCCGGCACCUGGGCUGUCCCCGGGUUUUUGAUGGCAGCGGGCAGGAGUUUGCACACGCCUGGCGCCUGGGCGACAUCCACUUUGACGAUGAUGAGCACUUCACACCUCCCAGCAGUGAUGCGGGCAUCAGCCUUCUCAAAGUGGCCGUCCAUGAAAUUGGCCACGUACUCGGCCUGCCUCACACGUACAGGACAGGAUCCGUAAUGCGGCCGAAUUAUACUCCCCAGGAGCCUGCGUUUGAGCUGGACUGGUCGGACAGAAAAGCCAUUCAGAAGCUGUACGGUUCAUGUGAAGGAUCAUUUGAUACCGCAUUUGACUGGAUUCGCAAAGAGAGAAACCAAUACGGAGCAGUGAUGAUGAGGUUUAGCACGUAUUUCUUCCGCAACGGCUGGUACUGGCUUUACGAAAAUCGCAACAGCCGGACACGCUACGGGGACCCCAUCCCGAUCCUCAGUGGCUGGCGCGGAAUCCCAACACAAAACAUAGACGCUUUUGUCCACCUCUGGACGUGGAGAAGAGACGAACGCUACUUCUUUAAAGGAAAUCAGUACUGGAGAUACGACAGCGACAAGGAUCAGGCCUACACAGAAGAUGAACAAGGGAGAAGCUACCCCAGAUUGAUUUCGGAAGGAUUUCCUGGCAUUCCAAGUCCUCUGGACACUGCCUUUUAUGACCGAAGAAAACAGUUAAUUUACUUCUUCAAAGAGUCCCUCGUGUUUGCAUUUGAUGUCAACAGAAAUCAAGUACUUGAUUCUUACCCAAUGAAGAUUACUGAGGUAUUUCCAGGAAUAGAGCCACAAAACCAUCCUUUCAGAAAUAUAGAUUCAGCCUAUUACUCCUACGCACACAACUCCAUUUUCUUGCUCAAAGGCAAUGCGUACUGGAAAGUGGUUAAUGCCAAGGACAAACAGCACCAGCCUUGGCUUCCUUCAAAUGGCUUAUUUCCAAAGCAGCCCAUCUCAGGGAGGUGGUUUGACAUUUGUGACGUCCAUGCCUCCACCCUGAACAUGUAAGGAGAAAAACAGGCAAGUGGAGAAAGGGAUUUCUCUUCUGAGAGAAAGUCGGGUCUUUUACAAAGAAAAUAAACCAGAUCUUUAGUAACCGAAACAAAUAGGGCUAAAACCCAGUGGAAAAAGCUAUUACCUGAACUUUUCAAAUACGUGGUUUAGAAGUCCGUUUUACAGGCCAAAAAAAAAAAAAAAGAAAAAAAAAAAAAUUACCAAAUGAUUUGAGGACAUUUUUAGGAAAGGUUAAAAAAAAAAAUCCUGACACAUCCCUGUCCUUCUGCCACCCGUCACCCCUGUACCGAUUUCAUGGCUGGAUGGGAACGUAGCCGUGGCCAAAGGAUCCAAUCACGGAAGGAGAUACGGCUCCCUGAACACAGAAGCGGUGUUACUGCCCUGAAAACAUAGGGAUUCAUCGGAAAAGCUCCACUACGGCGCUCCACACUUGCUGGCGUGGCAACUUACGUUUCCCUCACGGACAGCAUAUGGAAGGUUUCCCCACGCAUUUCUCUCCAUCUUCACAACUCCGUCGGAGUGCCAAGGCCCACACUACUUUGCACAUUUCUAGUCCUAGAAACUGAAGUUCACCGUUGUGUCCUUCCCAGCAGGGUCAACGCGGUGGCUGCUGGCGACCCCUGCCUCUGACUCCAGCCCCAGGGCCCUGGCACCUUCUCUCCAUCCCUGCCCUGAAAUUAACUGA